GUCCGGAAGCCAAGCUAAGGGGGUGGCCCAGCCAGAAGGAAGAAGCAGGCCGUGGGGGUGUCCAGGGUUUUGUAACACCCCGUAAAGGAGGAGAAAGUCCAGGCUGAGGACCCUGCUCUGGAAAACCGGUGACAAAUCUCCAACAGCCCACCCCGCCUCCAUUCCACAGAGGCCAGGAGGUGUGGAGGCUUGGCGGGGCGCCCAGCUAGGAGCUCAGAGGAGGGAGCACCUGAAGCCUGAAUUCCUGAAAGUGAACCCCCUGGGGAAGGUACCUGCCCUCAAAGAUGGGGACUUCCUGCUGGCAGAGAGGUAAUGGGGUCCUCUGUGGAAGCUUCUGGGUUGGGGGAGGUGGAGGGAGAAAGGCAGAAGGCUGAUGACCCCUCACUGGGAGAUUUUUCCAGACGGCUAUGGCUCCCCCUCCCUACUUCCUGCUCACCCAGCUUGGAGGCAGCCGGCUGGACUAGGGGCCUGCUUUGGAGCUAAAGCUGGUAGCUUCAGCCUGGGGAAAGGGCAUAGGUCCCUCAGUCAGGCCUAGACAACCUGGAGCCGGCUGGGGAAGAUCCAAGCUUAAGGCCAGCCCUCCCCAGACGUCCCAAACCUGGCCUUUCAGUCACAGGAGCCAGGAGCCCGGCGGCCUCAGAUUUGCACUGGGCUCUGAAUCCCAGGUCCCCCCAUCCUUGCUCUCUGCAAUGGAAAAGUCACAGAACUUCGUGCCCCGUGUUUCUCCUCCGUAAAACAGGGAGAGUAAUGUAACCCCCUCCCAGGACUUGCCUAGAAUAGAAACUGGUCACCAAGUACCGGGAGCCCAGGGGGGAUCAAGAAAGGAGUUCUGGGGAGCAUUGGCCUGGGAGGGAACUUGGAGACCCCUCGGGCAGGGCGUCCAUGGCCGGUCUGCCUUCCUCCCGCUCAGUAGGACCCUGAUGCCAGAGAGCGGGGCCUGGAGGCAGCGGGCUGGCUGGGGUAGUAGUAGGGAGGGGAGGUGGAAAUGUGGGCCCGUGGCGGAGCGCUUGAGGAAUGGAGCAGUUGGGUGGGGAAAAGAAGACUUUUGGUGGCGAUGUGAGAAUGGGGGCGUCCUCCCCUGGAGGUGGCGCUGGAGAGAGAUCCAGUCAACUCAUCCUGUUGGCGAGAGAUGAGGUUGCCUAGCACUGAGGGCUGGGGAGACCUCCAACACCCCGUUUGCAGCGUGGCCAUCCUUUUAUACUUGAGCCGCAAGUACCACGCGGCGGCCCACUGGUACCCGCCCGAGCUGCAGGCCUGCGCGCGUGUGGACGAGUACCUGGCGUGGCAGCACACCGCCGUCCAGCUGCCUGCUACCAACAUCUACCUAUGUAAGUCCCUCCUGCCCUAUUUCUCGGAGCAGUCCGUGGACCCCGUGUGCCUAGAUCGGCUGUUGGGGAAGCUGAAACCAGCUCUGCAGCACCUGGAUCGGGAGGUCCUGGCCGCCAAGCCCUUCCUGGCCACUGAGGAGCUCUCCCUGGCAGAUCUGAUGGCAUUCACAGAGCUGAUGCAGCUACCUUGUCUCCCCAGCCCACUGCUGUUGGCUGCGAUGUCUUCCAAGACUGGCCCCGGCUGGCAGCAUGGCAAGCCCGAGUGGAGGCUGCUCUGGGCCCUGAGCUCGUCCGGGAUGCCCACAGGCUUGUGCUACAGCCUCGGGACCCCCGGGACGCCCAGCGGGACCCCAAGCUGGCCCAGGAGCUGGUGCAGAGACUGCUGGAGCGGCUCAGCUGAGGGGGGUGUGGCCGGGCCCGCUCCCCUGCACUCUCCUGUCCCAAUAAACAUGCCGUGUGCCCUCCGCUUGCCUCUAGCCUCACUCGGCCUUGGGAGGUGGGGUCUCCCCACUUCUGAGCAGAAUCUAGAGGGACAAGAGAUGUCCCGCGAUGACGCAGCCUAGAGUGAGCAGCACUCAGGCCUCUCCAUGUGCGUGCAGUUACCUUCCUGAGUUGCCAGGUGCUCCGUUCCCCUGGCCACUGCCAGUCCCAAGCCAGGCCAGAAGUUUCUGGGCUUCUCUGCAUGACGCAGCCUGCCUGGCUGACCCCUGACACCCCCUGUGACAUUGUCCCUGGUGCCCUGACUGCUCCCAGGCUCCUCUUUCUUUUUCUCCCAACACUUUUCUAGCUACAGUUCAGGCUAGACUGACCUACGCAUACCCCUAAGCCCUGCUUCUGAAAGCCUCCGCGUUAGUUCUCAUUGCCCUGUUCUCGUUCUGGACUGCAGAGCCCCUUGGGUCACAUUCUGCACCAAAGUUCUGGCCCUGAGAAUUCUCGUGUGUAGGUCCUUCUCAGAAAUGGGCCACAGGCACAGACAUGCACCAAGAGGGAGGGGAAGGGCAGGGCUGCAGGUGGCCCCCACCUUCUGCCCCUGAGCUAGGGACCUUCCCUAGUCUACUCCUAAGUCUCCCCAGAAUCCUUGGUGCUGUGAGAAUUCCGGGCUUCCUGGCCUCAUGACAACACCAAAUGAAACAAGAAGUUCCAGAACGCGGGGUCCUGGGCCUGGGUUGGAGACGGCUGAAGGGCACAGGGUCAGGGCCGGGCUCAGGCUGCAUACAGGCUCAGGUUCAGAGCCUGGUGGCUGUGGCUGGUGGGGGUGCCCAACGUG